CAAACUUCGGGGAGCAAGUUAGUGGAAAUGUAAAAACUGGGGGGUGCAAAAAGAAAAAUUUCCUCUAGGGUUUAAGUGCGGGGCCAUAGAUUCCCACCGCAAGCAGAGGAGAUUCGGCAACUCAAGGAAGGAGACGACCGAGCUAGGGUUUCUCAGGACAUAGGAAGAUGGGGCACUCGAAUGUGUGGAACUCGCACCCAAAGAACUACGGUCCCGGUUCUCGCGCCUGCCGAGUUUGCGGGAACCCUCACGGUUUGAUCCGGAAGUACGGCCUCAUGUGCUGCAGGCAGUGCUUUCGCAGCAAUGCCAAGGAAAUUGGCUUCAUCAAGUAUCGUUAAGGAAAGGAUGCAUUGACAUGAUGAAGGCUUCGCCGUAAGAUUGGUUGAAGAAGCAGGAGUUUAUAUUAUUUUCCUUAUCCUAGUUAGUUAAUCUAAGACUUACUAGUCUAUUGCAAUCUUAGAUUGCUAUGAAUCAUGAAAUGUUUUGAGAAAUUUUGAGGUGAGGCAAUUUAUCCGCUUGAGGCGAGCAAUUGUUAUUGGUCGGAGUUUCUUUUGACCAUGGAGCACAGUCACCUACUUGGUUAAUGACAAUUGGUUGGAGCAUCUUUAUGUACAUCCUUCUGGGACCCUUUCUCCUCGUAUCUAUUUAAUGCUUCAUGCUA